AUGGCCAAAUUUCCAUCCUCAGUCUUCCGUCAGCCGCCGGCCGAAGUUGAAGCACAUGGCAUUGCAGAGGGCGUUUGUGCCCACAAAAAUCUCCUAAUUUCCAUUCCCGAUGAUGUGCUCCUCAAGAUCCUGUUGAACCUCUCUGCUCAAGACAUUUACAGGGCAAGUCUCGUCUGCCGGAGGUUGUACUACCUCACGAUCCGAUCCGAGGAUUUCGUAAACCUCCACCUCCAGCAGCAAACUGACGAAUACGGCCUCUUCUUCCAAUACGGCCCAACAAGUAUUUAUGAUUAUUCCUAUCCUCGCUCGGUUUUCGUGUCUAUGAAACAGGGUCAUGUCACGGUAUCCGACCACUACGCUUACAAAUCCAGAUUGAUCUUACAGACUAGCUGCAACGGCCUCAUCCUUGAUUACAAGUUUUGGAAACCCUUUGAGUGCAUGUUUUGGAAACCCUUCCAACUCCACUUGGCCAACCCUGUGACGGGACGGGCCUUCCGACUCCCUCCGCUUCCCAAAGGUGGAUAUUUUACGCAUUGUUGCAUGGGGUACGCGAAGGCCUCAAAGGCGUACAAGGUGGUCUUAGCAUACCGUAUUGAUUGGGAAAGUGACGCGUGCUUGGCCAUAUUGACCGUGGGUGUCGACAAGUCAUGGAGGCAUCUUGAUCUUGCGACCGACCAAUAUUUGACGGAGUAUACACUUAGCCGCCCGUUGGUAACAGAGGGUUUUAUUCAUUUGAUUUUUGGGGGCAUUGUCGUGACGUUGAAUGUGGAGACGGAGGUUAUGAGUCUUAUUACUGAGACGCAGGGCUGGACUUUGUAUCCGGAGUACAUGAAGUGGUACCUGUCAACUGGGAAGUCCCUCACUCUAGUGGUUCAAGUUGAGGAUUGUGUGUUUCAAGUUUGGGAGAUGGUAUGUGGGGAUUAUUAUCAAUGGAGGAAAUGGGAACGUCAGAUUAUGUUGGGGAGUGAAAUUCAAUAUUUGCGUAGUAUUCAGCCGGUCGGUUGGUUGCAGCAGAUGGAAGUGUUGGUGUUUAAAGGAAGGUCCGAUGUUUUCUAUGUGGUUAUUGCUACAGGGGAAAUAGGAUGGAUCACAUCAAGUGAGGAGAUUCAUGGUCCAGUUUUGCCUCACAAAAACACCCUUGUGAACCCAUUUACUGUCUAA